AACCCCAUGACAGUGAGGAUGACAGUCAUAUUCACCUGGAGUGUAGAGGUGUCAACAUUAGCCGCUACAGAUACAUGAACGACUUUGGAUCUCCUGAAAACUGGUUUUCAUGACAUGUCCAGUUGUAUUUAAAGGAGUGAAGACAUGAUGAAUGGAGAAACAAAGAGUGUAACUCUGGAGGGCACAGAGAAAGGAGGGGCCAUCGUCACAGGAAUCACAAAUCCAGCAAUUAACCUGCAGAAAGGACAUCAGCUUGUUUCUGCAACAAUUCAUCUGGACCACCUUAGUAAAGAUGAUGUGCUAAAACUGAUCAAAAUCAUUGAGCCCUAUGACAACAACCUUGAACUUAAGACAACAAAAGACCUAAAAGCAGGAGUGUCCCCUGGUAAUCUCCAAUUGAACAGUGAGGCAGGAUUUCAAGCACCAGGUGUUCAGGUUAAUGGACUGAAUGGACAGAUAAAUGCCCCAAGCCUCAAGGGUGGCAUCUCAACCCCAACAGUAAAUGCAGAAAUGCCACAGAUUGAGCUAAAGAAUGCCACACCAAACUUCAGCCGCCCAGGGUUCAAAAUGCCAACUUUUGGCAUGUCUGCACCAAAUCUCGAAGGAGCAGGUCUGGAUGGCAGAUUAGAAGCACCUGAUGUCAGUGUCUCCACCCCUAGUCUAAACACUCCGGAUGUUUCUAUUAAUGUGGAUAAACCUGAAUUGAAGACCAAAACGUCCAGGUUCAAAAAGCCCAACUUCAAUCUACAUGCUAAAAAACCAAAGGUUGAUGGUGAUGUGAAUUUAACCACCCCAGACAUAAACACUGACCUAAAAACCCCUAAGCUAAGUCUGUCAGGCCCAAAGAUUAAUGGAGAAAUGAACACCCCUGAAGUAGACAUGACCUUGGCAAAAACUGAGCUCAGUGGUCCAAACCUUGACAUCGAAACACCAAAAGUAAAUAUUGAACCUCCAUCUGGCAAGUUUAAAUUUCCCAAAUUAAAGAAAGCAAAAACUACAAAAGUAAAAGUACCAGAGGCAAGUGUUGAUGCAAAUCUAAAUACACCAAAUCUUGCGCUUUCUGCCCCAAAAUUAAAUGCAGAUGUCAGUGCACCAAAUGUGGACGUUGAUCUACCAAGAGCCAAUCUUGAAGCUCCAGACUUUGAUAUAAGUGCUCCCUCUGGCAAAAUAAAGUUUCCAAUAUUUAAGAAACCCACAUUUGGGCAAAAAGUUAAAGCACCACAGUUUGGCUUAGAUGCCAAUGUAUCAAAACCUAAUUUGAGUCUCUCAGCACCAAAGAUAGAUACAAACACAGAUGUUAAUGUAAAACCACCUGAUAUAGAUGUUAAAGCUCCAUCUGGAAAGCACAAGUUCUCAACUCUUAAAAUGCCAAAGCUAAACUUACAUAAAUCAAAGUUGAAAACUCCAGAUCUAAAUGCAGGGAUACAAGCAUCAGACUUGAACAUGUCGGCUCCUAGGGUAGAUAUGAAUCUGCCAAAAGCUGAACUGGAAGGACCGAAUCUAGAUGUCAAGGCACCAAACCUCAACCUCUCUGCACCGGAUCUAGACAUUAAAACUCCAGCUGUUGAUGUGCAGGCACCAGAUAUUGACAUAGAAGCUCCAUCUGGAAAGCUUAAGAUGCCGCAUGUUAAACUGCCUAAAAUAAAUCUAUCUGGGCAAAAAAAUAAAGGUCCAGAUGUGGACCUCAAUGCACAGGGAGAUCUCCAAGCACCAAACCUCAACCUCUCUGCACCGGAUCUAGACAUUAAAACUCCAGCUGUUGAUGUGCAGGCACCAGAUAUUGACAUAGAAGCUCCAUCUGGAAAGCUAAAGAAGUCACAUUUUAAAAUGCCUAAAAUAAACCUAUCUGGGCCAAAAAUGAAAGGUCCAGAUGUAGACCUCAAUGCACAGGGAGAUCUCCAAGCACCAAACCUCAACCUCUCUGCACCGGAUCUAGACAUUAAAACUCCAGCUGUUGAUGUGCAGGCACCAGAUAUUGACAUAGAAGCUCCAUCUGGAAAGCUAAAGAAGUCACAUUUUAAAAUGCCUAAAAUAAAGCUAUCUGGGCCAAAAAUGAAAGGUCCAGAUGUAGACCUCAAUGCACAGGGAGAUCUCCAAGCACCAAACCUCAACCUCUCUGCACCGGAUCUAGACAUUAAAACUCCAGCUGUUGAUGUGCAGGCACCAGAUAUUGACAUUGAAGCUCCAUCUGGAAAGUUAAAGAAGCCACAUUUUAAAAUGCCUAAAAUAAACCUAUCUGGGCCAAAAAUGAAAGGUCCAGAUGUAGACCUCAAUGCACAGGGAGAUCUCCAAGCACCAAACCUCAACCUCUCUGCACCGGAUCUAGACAUUAAAACUCCAGCUGUUGAUGUGCAGGCACCAGAUAUUGACAUAGAAGCUCCAUCUGGAAAGCUUAAGAUGCCGCAUGCUAAACUGCCUAAAAUAAAUCUAUCUGGGCCAAAAAUGAAAGGUCCAGAUGUAGACCUCAAUGCACCGGGAGAUCUCCAAGCACCAAACCUCAACCUCUCUGCACCGGAUCUAGACAUUAAAACUCCAGCUGUUGAUGUGCAGGCACCAGAUAUUGACAUUGAAGCUCCAUCUGGAAAGCUAAAGAAGCCACAUUUUAAAAUGCCUAAAAUAAACCUAUCUGGGCCAAAAAUUAAAGGUCCAGAUGUAGACCUCAAUGCACAGGGAGAUCUCCAAGCACCGGACCUAGACCUGAAAGCUCCAGAGCUCAGUCUUUCAGCACCCAAAGUGGAGGGCAAAUUUAGUGCUCCAGAUGUGGAUCUGAACUUGCCAGAUGCUAAUAUCAAAAGUCCAAAUGUAGAUCUCAAAGCCCCGGACAUUGACUUAAAUGCUCCUAAAAUAGACAUUGAUGCCCCCUCUGGCAAAAUCAAGCUACCUCACUUGAAGUUUCCCAAGUUUGGCAUUUCUGGUAAAACACCAAAAUUAGAUGCACCUGAUGUAGAUGUGAACAUCCCAACAGCAGAAGUCAAAGGGCCUAAUGUAGAUGUUAAAACACCUGAUCUUAGUCUUUCCACACCUAAAGUUGAAGGUGACAUUGCUGCUCCCUCUUUAGACUUUGGUUUGCCAAAAGCCAACUUAAAAGCUCCAACUGUGAACAUUGGGGGAAAUCUAAAGUCACCAAAUCUUCCCACUCCACAUGUAGACAUAAACUUGCCAAAAGCAGAGCUUGAAGGACCCGAUGCGAACCUAAAAGUCCCAGACGUUGACAUUAAUGCUACAUCUGGAAAAUUUAGGAUGCCACAUUUCAAUUUGCCAAAACUGAAUCUGUCUGAGCCAAAAGUAAAAGGGCCUGAGCUGGAUGCUAACGCAGAUCUAGAUCUCUCGGUUCCCAAACUUGAAGGAAAAUUAAAUGCACUUGGUGCUGACCUAAAUCUUUCCAAAGCUGAGAUCAGUGUGCCUGAUGUAAAUGCAACUUUACCAAAAGCUGAAGUCAGUGUUCCCAGUGUAGAUGUCAAUUCCCCAGACUUAAAGGCUCCAUCUGGAAAGCUGAUUACAAUUAAGAAACCAAAAGUUGACAUUUCUGGUCCUGAAGUGAAGAGUCCUGGGAUUGACUUAAAUGCAGAAGCUCCUGAUCUCAGCCUCUCAUCUCCAACAGUUGAUACAGAUGUCAAAGUCCCAGAUGCUGAUAUAAAGCUUCCCACUGCAGAUGUUGACAUCAAUACUCCCGAAGGAAAACUGAAGCUCCCAAAAAUCAAAAAGUUGAACUUGUCUGGUCCAAAAGUUAAGUCCCCCGAUGUUGACAUUGCUGCUGAUCUAAGAGGGCCAGAUCUAAACCUAUCUGCACCUGGGAUUGGUACUCCUGAUGUUGACAUGAGCCUACCCAAUGCUGGGGUUGAUGUAGAUGUUCCCACAGCAGACAUUGACUUCACUGCUCCAAAAGGAAAGCUGAAAUUCCCAACAUUCAAAAAGUUGAACCUGUCUAGCCCAAAAGUCAAAUCUCCUGAUGUUGACAUUGAUGCUGAUGUAAGUGGACCAGAUCUAAAGCUAUCUGCACCUGAGGUUUGCAGUCCUGGUGUUGACUUGAGUCUACCAAAUGCUGGGGUUGAUGUAGAUGUCCCAGGCAUCAAUGCUGAAGCUGAGGGCUCCAAACGUGGGAUAAAAUGGCCCUUCAAAUGGCACAAAUCAAAGAAUGAGGAUAUAAAUAUACCUAUCUUCAAGACUCACAGCUUGCCAGACAGCAACAUUGACAAUAUCUUGAAAGAACUCAGUAGAGCAGUUGACUACAAUACUGACCCUGCGGAAACCAUUACUGAUGAGGCUGCCUCGGUCUCAGUCAAGACAAAUCUGAAAGCUUCAUCUCCAUCUGUUGGGGUCAAUGAACAGACAGUAGCUGUAGAUAUCCUGGAAAGGCUGAGGUUGUCUAAUGCACGUACCUCAAGCCCAGAUUUCAGCAUAUCCCCAGAACCAAGCAGCCCUACAAAAGUGAAUAGAGGAACAUUUAAAGUCACAAAGCCUGAUGCUGAUAAGGACUAUCCAGUAGUUGAUACUACUAGCAAGGAAGAUGAUGCCAAGAUGACCUUCAGCUUGAACAACAUGCUUGGUUUGUUAUCAAAUUAA